UGAAUUGUUCUGCUUAAAAGGUAUAUUUUCUGCAGCUACAGUAUCGUAUUCAAGGGAAACUCAAGCAUGCAGUUCAAGACCUAUUGCCUGGUUUUCAUGAUAAUUGCGUUGGAAGCAUUUUUCAUAAGUUUGAUCUUGAGACCUGGCAUUAUCGAGUCAAGGAUUUUGUUUACGGAUGAAAAAAAACCCACUACCCCUGUUGAUUUGCACUUAAAACUGAAACCAUUGAAUAAAUUAAAAUUUCUCUCUCCAUAUGGAAGUGACUGGACAUUUGGCAGAAAUGCCUGCAGCUGUAGAAGUUUGAAUUCAGACAUGUUUACAUAUGAUAAAUUUAACGCUGGGAACGAUAAUUUGGCAAUCAAAAAACGAAGAGGAUUACAAUAUGAACAAUAUAAAAAAAGAAAUGAAUUGCCUGCAAAGAAGGUUAUUAUUGCACAACCCCAUUCUCCUCUGAGCUACCCUACCCAUGGAGUUGAAGUAAAGCCACUCUACUCUAUUCUCAUCCCAGGCCUAGCUGUGCAUGGCAUGGAUGGAGAAAGCAAUACAUGUUUAUGGGAAAUUGUCCAAAAGACUUUGUAUAAUGGACGACAUUUGAAUGGUAAUGAAUUAUUUGCUUUUUGUACCAAGGUCAAACUGACAGCGACUCAAGGGGUAUUCAAUACAAUUGUUGAAACUCCUGAUGGUGUCGUACAUGGAUCGGGUGAAAAAGAAUUGACAAUAAGAAGUCCAAGUUUGGCAAUCAUCAAUAAUAUCCUCAAACAUGUAACUUAUACAAGCAAAAAGUACCAAAUUGCCUCUACUGAUUUAGUUUCUUUUCAGUUUGAAGAAUAUACUGCUGAAUUUACAAUCCUCAUCAGAGUGCCCCCAAUGAUUCGAUUAUUUGACCCUGGACCAGAUAAUAGCAUCGACUCCUUGGUGACAAUAGUGACAAAGACAUUCUUCAGAUAUCAUAAGCUUCGGAUUUUAAUAAGCAGUAUUCGAAAAUUUUACCCAAAAAUUAUGAUAAUCAUUGCAGAUGAUAGUAAAGUUACGGAAAAAAUUGAAGGACCAUACAUCCAGCAAUACAUAAUGCCAUUUGCAAAAGGAUGGUUUGCUGGAAGAAAUUUAGCAGUAUCUCAGGUUACAACUAAAUACCUUCUUUGGGUGGAUGAGGACUUUGAAUUUACACAAGAAACAAAACUGGAAAAACUGGUAGAAGUAUUGGAGAAGACAAACUUGGAUUUGGUUGGUGCCCCUGUGAAUCAGCAGGUGUUCACGUUCAAGCUUUGGUACGAAGAAGGAGAUGAUGAAGGGGACUGUGUGUUUUCCCAGUACGGUUCUUUUCACCCCCUGGAUGGAUUUCCAGGCUGUGUGGUUACCAGCAUUGUGGUGAACUUUUUCCUGGCCAAGACAGAAAAAGUACAGCGUGUUGGGUUUGAUCCUCGAUUUGCAAGAGUAGCUCAUACAGAAUUUUUCAUUGAUGGCAUUGGAAGUUUGCUUGUAGGAUAUUGCACAAAUGUCAAAGUUGGCCAUCAGAAGAAAGGAGCAGGAGAUAAAGCGCUGAAUGAAGUUGAAAAUAAAUAUGCUGCUUUUAGGCGUUUAGACAGAAACGAAUUCCGAUCCCGUUUGGAUAUGACCUAUUUCAAAAAUCGCCUUAAAUGUUACACCCGGAACAGAGUCUGAGGGACUCAAUUGUAUUUGACAUGUAAAGUGCUGCACCUGUUAAUGUUGCUUGAACUAAUGAAAUUUAUUUCUAAAUAAGAAUGAACUCUUGAUAAAAUAAUGGACACAAUUACAAUUAGUUUAUAUGUCUCAAAAUAAAUGUUUUAAAAUUG